GUUGUCGUUGUCUAUAUAUUAUUUACCUAAAAUUAUGUCGAUUACGUUGGAUUUCGAUGUGCAGCAGCUAGAUAAUAAUAAAAGACCACUGGAGCUACACUACUUACCAGCUAAAAUCGAUGGCGAUGGCGAGUGUGCAGAUGCCAACAAGUUUUUUAACAAUUAUACUCAGGAAGUAGCCGACUACGGCCCGGGUGUGCUCACAAAUUGUCUGCGCGGUUAUCCACUGCUGGGCAAGAAGCUGCAACCACCCGAAGGCUACAAAGGUGUAGUGCUGCAGGAGACAGAUCCUAGUCAGACAAACCGUCAGCUGCGUCUGACAGGCACAUUUAAGGAUUUCACAUACUGGAACUACGAUAAGGUGCCUUCCAAAGGAGAUGGCUAUCAGCAAACAUUGCUGGCUUUGGAGCUAGCUGAAGCGCUAGCUGCUCCCAUUGAUGAGAGUGAAAUUGAAGAGGAACUCAAGCAGCAACAAGAAACCAAGAAGGAGAAUACAUAAGAUUUUAGU